AUGGGACAGACGCACCAGACGGAGCAGAAUGACCCGGAGAUCGAUGUCAAGGCGCUCCAGGACAUGUACAAAAAGUUUGUGACGGAGUGCCCGAGCGGUGUUUUAUUUAUCCACGAGUUCAAGCGUUUUUUUGGCAUCGACCCAACUGGGGAAGUCUCUGAGUAUGCGGAGAGCAUGUUUCGAGCUUUUGACAAGAAUGGGGAUAACACCAUUGAUUUUCUGGAGUUUGUGGCAGCCUUGAAUCUGGUCUUCCGGGGGGACUUGGAGCACAAAUUACGCUGGUCAUUUAAAGUAUACGACAAGGACAGCAACGGCUAUGUAGAUAGGACAGAACUGCGAGCUAUUAUUGAUAGUAUAUAUCGAUUAAAGAAGACGUCCAAGAGAGAGCAGGAGGGUAUGCAGCUGUCGGUGAAUGAAGUGUGUGAAAGAAUACUGAAGACUGUGGAUGUGGACAGGGACGGUCACAUCACCCUGGAGGAGUUCAUCAAGGGUGCCCAGGGAGACCCAUGGAUCAUGAACAUGCUCCAACUGGACAUGAACCCUUAUGGCUGGGUGCUGGAACAGAGAAGGAAGAGCGCAUACUUUUAAAAUGACUGGAAAGACAAA